AUGCCUCCAGCACCGCACGACCGUAGAUGUCUUCAAGCCUGGGACCCUCGCCAGAAGAGACUGCAGGCAGUUAACUCAAACGAAGGGGUACUAGAGGAGAUCUACGAAAAGAAGCCACCAGCCUUGUCGCUUCCCACUGAAGUGGCAUGCGCCAUCUUCGAGGAGGCCUCUCGGUCCUCACCAUUCUCGACGAGUGAAUCAUCUCUUCCGGGUCGGGAAUUGUUCGCCAUCUCCCAAGUCUGCAAGGCAUGGAGAGAUAUAGCCCUCGACUACCCCAUUCUCUGGACGACCUUUGCAUAUUCAGACAGAGGUCCUCUGAAGGGCCUCGACAAGAGGACGAUCCUCCGUCGACUCGAGUUGCACGUACGUCGUUCUCGCGGACGGCCGGUCGACCUGUGGGUGGACACCCUCAGCCCUCGAUUGUCGGAUGGCUUUUACGGCUCCUUCGUGCGACAUAUGGAGCGCUGGCGCCGAGUUUACUUCAAGCUGAACCCCAGUCCCGUUGGAGUACUUCAGAGGGCAGUCCAGCCCCGCCUUGCAUCGAACUUGCAAUCCUUCGAAUGCGUGCCCAACCACAAAAAUGCUCUCCCGCAUUUUCAUUUCCCUCACUUGACGCUCAACGGUCCGAAGCUAGCCACUCUCCACACGGAAUUUAGGACACUCAGGUCCUGGCACCCGUCAACCAUGAUUAGGGAACUCGAACUCGAGCAGUGGUCCUACGAAGACUCGGCCCGCUUGCCGUGGUCCACGUUCCUCAACGUCAUCUCAUCUCCGACCUUGAGAAAACUUACUCUUCGUGCGCUUGAAGGAGGGACCAUGUUCAAGCUUCCAACUGAAGCCGACAAGGCGAGGAGGGUCGACACCAACCUCGAACGACUUUAUUGCUCUGAUCCUCGGGUGGCAGAAGCCAUGUGGGGUUUCAUUCGUAGUGCACAAUGUCUACAAGGCAUCAGCUUCGCCUCCUUGGGCAUUUAUAGCAAGUGGAACAUUGUGCAAGUCGCGAUGGAUAAUGGCUUCGAUCUAUUCAACAAAAACGACCAACGUCGAUUUCUCGCUGUCAGCAGCAUUUUCCUGAUUAAUUGUUCAAUCAGCAGGCCUGAUUUCGAAUGUCUUGCCGAAAUGACACCCAACGUAGUUGCGCUUGGGGUAACUGCAAGCCAGACCAUGGAUGGAAUGCCAGUCGAUGUCCUCAUGUCCCGCAAGGAAAAGAUCGGAGAACGUAUCGUCUGGCCGAAGCUCAAGCUUAUCAGAGCAAACAUAAAGGACCUCAAGCGGGUCCAGUACAAUUCAUUCCCAAAAUUCCUCCUGCGUCGUUCGCAGAUGAAGAAACAUUGCACGCUGUCGCUAUACACGCCCGAAGCGGACCUUUGGAAGGAACAGGACGCCGAGGGCUGGGGAAAGCUGCUGAGAAAACGGGUUGUAUGUGAUGCUGGUCAAAGGAUCAUGAGCGACUGCAUCUGA